CUCGUCUCCUCGGUGUCCUUGAAUUCCACACUAUCUUAAAGCAAAAAGGGAGACGAGUCUAGCGGAGACUCAGAGCUUUACUCCUGCCUGCAGUUCUGUUAAAAUGUCCGUUUUCUCUCUACUUAAACACACGGUUUCCUGCGGCCGCCGCACCUCGCGUCACCUUUGCGCAAACUUGAACUUAAGCUACCCGGAGUCUUCUCUGUUGCGCACCGCGGCUCCGACUCCCCCCCUCCUCCUCCCCUGCUCUUCCUCCUCCUCCCCUGCUCUUUCUCCUCCUCCUGCAGCACCACUAGUCGAGCUGUAACGGGACACUUUUCCAGUGCACCAGACCUUCACCCGCUCCCCCUCAUCCCCGGUUCGUUCACACCAGUCUGCGCGCCUUCCACCGGCUCGGAUGAUGCCACAGACGUGUCCCUGUGGUGUGGGUCCCCCCCCCCCCCCCUUUUUUUGGACAUGUGGCUGCCGAGGAUGGUCGCUGACAGCCUGAUGUGCUGCUGAAUGAUCAUCGGAGGGACGGCGAGGCGAUAGAGAGGGAUUUUUAUUUCAUUUUCUUGUUUUUCUGAGAGCUGGUCUGGAGACAAGUGAAGGGCUCAGGAUGUGCCUGCAUGAUGCCACCAUGUGUCUCGGCCCUCCCUAAUCCUGUUGCAGCGACACAGAGGAUCCCCUUCAGCCCUCGGACGCCUCGCUGCUACACAUUUGGCUCCUUGACUCAUCCAGUUCAUCCUCUGCAGCCAUAAAGCGCUGAUCAAUCCUAACCCCCUUUCUGUAGACAGGCUUUCCUUUUCUGUUCUCUGGAAUUACCUCCUGAUCUCAUGCUAAAUCCUAAAACACUAACCCUGCAUAUUGUGGACCUUUGACGAGGAAACUCAUAUUCAAAUGGGUUUUUGGUUGUUGUGUGGGAGCCAAAGCCAUAGCUGGUUUGUUACUGAAAGAAAAGAAAAAUUUGAUACCAAAAAAGACUGAAGGCCACAGACCUUAUUUGUUCAGCUCCUCUACAGUCGAUGUGGGUCGCAGCAGGAAAACUUUUCUCAGGCACAACUUUUAAUGUAAGUUGUUGCAGGCUGGACUUCUCCAGACUGAAAAGGUUAGCAGGGCACCGUCUGUAGACUCUUUUGUCUUCAUUACUUGCUCUGAGCUGCCCUUUCAGGAGUAGCGUGUUUUCCAAAUGCUGCCAUGCCCAUCAUCAGCAACGCCAACCAUGACUUCAGCAACCUGUCCGUCAGCGAUGACAGCAGUCUGGACCGCAUCUUCACCGAGAUCCCCGAGACUGAGACCAUCAAGGGUGUUUACUACCAGAGGGCUCAGUUCAUCCGCCGGCCAGAGGACCUGGUUUCCAUUGACCAUGCCCUGUUGGCGGUGAUCAACGUCGGGGGAAACCGCUACACCUUCCCCUGGAGCACGCUCGAACAAUUCCCCCUCACGCGUCUUGGCCGACUCUGCGACUGCCGAUCGCCCGAGGACAUCGCCAGCGUCUGCGACGACUACGAUGAAGCCCGCAAGGAGUUCUUCUUUGACCGCUCGCCAUCCGCCUUCAGGGUCAUCCUCAACUUCCUGGCGGCGGGGAAGCUCCGGCUGCUGCGGGAGAUGUGCAUCCUCUCCCUGCACGACGAGCUGACCUACUGGGGCGUGGAGAUGGCCUACAUGGAGCGCUGCUGCAAGAGGAAGAUGUACACCCGCAUCGAGGAAGUGCACGAGCAGGAGAGGCGGGAGGAGGAGUGCCGGCAGAGGAACGCCAUGCAGCGGGUGCCGGUGGAAGAAACACAGUGGCGGAAGGUGAUGAACUGGCUGAGAGAUAUGGUGGAGAAUCCACAGUCGGGCUUACCGGGGAAGAUCUUCGCCUGCAUGUCGGUGAUCAUGGUGGCAGUGACGGUCAUCAGCUUGUGUAUCAGCACCAUGCCGGACCUCAGAGAAGAAGAGGACAGGGGCGAGUGUUCCUCCAAAUGCUACAACAUGUUCAUCAUAGAGACGGUUUGCGUGGCCUGGUUCUCCCUGGAGUUCGUCCUGCGUUUCAUUCAGGCCCGCAGCAAGUUGGAGUUCCUCCGCGGUCCGCUCAACAUCAUCGACGCCAUGGCCAUUCUGCCCUACUACGUCUCACUUGUGGUGAAAGAGGAGGACCCGGACUUGGCGCACGAGAGGCCGGGAGGAGGUAAGGGCUACUUAGACAAGCUGGGCCUAGUGCUGAGGAUCCUGCGGGCGCUGAGGAUUCUCUACGUGAUGCGGCUGGCUCGCCACUCCCUUGGCCUGCAGACGCUGGGGCUGACGGUCCGGCGCAGCACCAGGGAGUUCGGCCUUCUGCUGCUUUUCCUCUGCGUGGCUGUCACCCUGUUCUCCCCGCUGGUCCACUUGGCUGAGAGCGAGCUGACGGGCGCCCACGACUUCAGCAGCAUCCCCGCCUCCUACUGGUGGGCCAUUAUCUCCAUGACGACGGUGGGCUACGGCGACAUGGUGCCAAGGUCCAUACCGGGACAGGUGGUGGCGCUGAGCAGCAUCCUCAGCGGCAUCCUCAUCAUGGCCUUCCCCGCUACCUCCAUCUUCCACAUGUUCUCCCGCUCCUACCAGGAGCUCAAGAUGGAGCACGACCGCUUGUUCAAAGAGGAAUGCGCGGCUGCUGCGGCCGCUGCAGCUACGGGGGAGCUGCAGGAGGCGGGAGGUGAAGCAGGGAGGGAGGACUCGGCUCCACCUGGACUGGGAUUACAUAUGGACAAGGAUAGUGUGCACUCUCUGGAGUCUCUGGCUCUGCUGGGGAAAGGCAGUGAGGCUGCAGGAAACAACAACCACAGCCUUCCAGCUGCAGCUUUUUGAACAGUUUUCUCACUGACUGACUCAAUCCUAAACUUCCAAGAAGAUGUGAGUCCACUAAUCUGUGUUACAUACAGCUGAACGUACUGCAAAGUGACGAUUGCAACAAAGACUUCACUAUCCAUGACAUUCUGAAGGAAUCUGUGCCGCGUUGGAUAGAAAGAGAUCAGACGAAAAGCAUUUCUGUUCUUCCUCAGUGUUUUAAUAAGGAGCACGUGUGCAUAUCGCAGACUGCAUGGAAACUGAAAGACAUAAAACCCUUUAAAUUGGACGGUCCACUUUGCUGGACCAGAAAGCCUCUGCAGCAAUAUUAGUAACAGGCUGCUUCCAUAAACAUGCAAUAUUCAAUCCAAAGUUGCUCUUCCUUCCACUGUGAAAUACUUCUAAGCCUGACUGCAACUUUUAGUUUCGUUCUCAUUUCUUUUUAAUAAGUUGCCUCCAGUAUGAUCUCAGAUGUGUGUCAUAUGGUAUACUCUACUUUUCUGCCAUGAAUUCAAAGAAGUGCUUCUCUCAUUUUUUUUUUGGAGAAGCUUAAAGCCAUGUUCUGAGAAGAAAUAGAAACAAACUCAUAGUUUGACCUAUAUAUAACGUAGAUCGACCUCCCUUUCAUGUAUAUUUAUAUGCUCGAACAUAAAGAAGCGAUAGUUUCUCUAAUCUCUACUAUAAACUCCAGGUACUGUGUUCAAAUAUUGCAGAUUCAUCCAAGUUGUUUUUUAAACCAAUGAGGAAAUGAAAGGAUGGAGAGAAAACAUUCGUGCUUGUUUUAGAGGAGGAUGUCUGAGUGAAAGAGAGUGAACGCUAACAACCAUGAAAUGUACUUUGCAGCGCUCCAAAUAAAAGCUCUCCUCGUAAUCUGAGAGAAAUCCA